GGUGUAUUUGACAUUUGUAAAGGUGUCUGGAGGAAAACCGGUGCUCUAGUGCUACAGCUAAAGAUACCAGAGAUAUCGGAAGCACAAUGUCUCGUCAGUCACCAGAGGGUUUCACGAAAUCUGAACAGCCAGGACAGGCAUCCUUGGGUCCCAUUGGAAUUGACUACAUCCCCACAGAGGAGGAGAGGAGGGUGUUCAGAGAGUGCAACCAGGAAAGCUUCUGGUACAGAUCUCUCCCUAUAUCUGUCAUUGGCAUGGCUCUCACUCAGUUUCUUAUAUCUAGAGGUGCACUUACAGGCUCCGGUAGAUUCGGCUCUCUGCCCAAAGUAGGCUUUGCUGGUGUUUGUGGGUACCUCGGAGGGAAGAUGUCAUAUAUGAAGACAUGUCAGGAGAAGUUUAUGAGCCUGGAGAAUUCUCCAUUGGGGGAGGCAAUGAGACAGAGACAGCGCCACCAACCACCAAUGUUUACCCAUGAGAAUUCGGAGUUGAGUGAUCCAAAAAAAGCAGAUUUUGAGCCGGCCUUUCAGCUUGAUGAUCGGAAAGAUCAGUCGUUCUCUUUAACCAGAGAUUUCACUUACAGUGACCCUAUGACUUCACCAUCCCAGUAUGACACCCAGCUUCUAGCAGAACCAUCUUACAUUGAGGACGACGCACAGAAGAAGCCCUUGCUGUAUGAAGAACUGCGGAGUAAGAACAGGGAAAACUAUGAAGUCACAAAGACUCCCAAAGAAGACACACAGCUGAAGCCGGAAACUGUGAUCGCCCCAACAAACAGAGGGAAGAAGAAUAUAUAUGGAGACACAUGGGAGGAGUGAGAAGUACCUUGAUAAACUGCUCUCGUCUAGAAUCGCUGACUGCACGUUCAUCUGUCAAAAAUGUUUCUGUUUGUGCUGUUGAAACUGAUGUCUUCUAAAAUACAG